CAUAAAAUAAGUUUGUGCCAGGCAAAGUGAAAAAUCUAUAGUUAAUCACCACCCACCUCCUAAAAAAUCUUUACUCUUUGAUUGUUAUAGAAUUUUUGGAAGAGAAAUAUUUUCUCACCUCUAUAAUAACCAUCUUGACAAUUGUAUAUGUAAAGAUCAUCUACGCACCAAUUUCAUCAUAGAUAUAAUGGAUGAUGAUACUGGUAAAUGAUAUGUAUGCAGAUUUGAAACUCAACACAAAAUAUUUAUAAUUUUUUAAAAUAGUUUUAUUUUAGAUCUAAAUUUAAGAGAGAAAAACUUAGUAAAUUUAGAAUAUGAUAUAUUAAAAACUGAAAUAAACACUUUUUAUAUUUUUAGAUUGAAUUAAAUAUAUUGUUUCUUUUCUUAACUACUUUGAAUUUAUUUACGAAUCAUUUUUAUAAACCAACUUUAUAUAAAAUAAAUAUAAUAAACAUUCAAUCAAUCAGUAUCAAAGACUUACAUGAACUGAAGUUUUGUUUUUCUCAAGUCAAAGUAGUAAAGUAUUAUUUGAGUCGUGUUUGAACUACUCCGGUCGAUAAGGUCUGGCUGAUUAUUUAGAAAUCAGGUGACGUGACUGAAAUGGGAAUCCGAGAACUACUUUUGUGAUAUUUGUAAACCAAUUUGUAAUGUUUAUUUCAUCAUUUUAUGACUAUUUUUUACUUUUGUUUUUAGCUUUCCAGAAAGUCGGCAGUAAAGUUUCAUUAAAAAUACUGUCCUUUUAUAACAUUAAUACCGUCCAUUUUGCUCAGAAUAUUUUAAUAACAAUCGAAUUUUCUGCAUUUACGGUAAUUUUUUUGUCUCUUAAAAUACAUUUUAUAACUAUAUAUUUCAUCGGUUAGAAAUUUUAAUUUUAUUGGGUUUCGACUAUCAGAACAUGAUUUUCUUAGGAAAAACUGACAUGCAUAAAGCAUAAUUCAAAGUUGUUUUUCCUUGCUUAAAAGCAUUGUAGGUUGAUAAUUUGGAUCUUUUAUGGGGCCAACUUUAUGCCAAACUCUUUCACGUGUCUUUGAAUUUGAUAAACUAUAUCGUAUUGUAAAUAAUAUAAACCUUUCAAGUACGUAUAUUAUAAGAGCUACUGAAAUAGACAUUGCACUAAAGAAAAGUAAGAAUAAAAUUCGUUUGGUCAAUUACUUUACCAUGUAUUGCAAUUCCAAAACUACUUUAUAUUGCUUUAGCGAUAUCGCCAAAUCUCUUUCUGGUAAAUAUAUUCUGACGUGAGAUUGGUAUCCCACACCUAAAUUUAUCUUCUUGAUUUGUGUCUUCGAUUCAGAGGAUAAUUAAUGGUUUUAUCAUCUUAUGUCUCCAAAAUAAACACAACCACUUUUCAAAAAAGAUCACCACCACUUGUAGUUAGUCAAGAGUUAUUACCGUUGAGUCGUUGACAAAUACAUAGUGAUAGUGUAUAUAUAUAUAUAUAUAUAUAUAUAUUAUAUUAUCAGUUAUAUAUUAUAUUAUCAGUUCUUUUGGUAAAUAAUGCUGAAAAUCAUAAAUCUUAACUAUAGUUUCAAUAUCUCAUUUAAUACCAAUAGCCAAAAAAAUAUUCAUCAUUUAAUAAUCAAAGAAACUCUUGUGGCUUUGAUCUAUGUAGACUUAAUAUACCUACAGCUCUAAAAAUGACAAAUACAGAUAAGUAGAGAGAUCAAUCAACUUCAAAGACUUAAUGUCUUAGAGCACCCGCAACGCGGGUUCGUGAUGAAUCCUAAGCGCGAUAACUUAGGUAAAAGCAAUUAAAAAAAUAAUUUUAAAAUGUCGUAACCGAAGGAUUGAUCCUAAAUUAAGGGGUUUAAGGAUCAAAUCCUUAAUGACGUGGCAAGACGGGAGUGGUCAUGGCAUGGGUUGUGUUUCGUAUGUGGAAAAAAACAUUCAUUCUCUUUCUCCGUCUCGGAAAAAAAACUCUCCCGAAGGCGAAAGGCGAUUCAGAGAUCGUGAAACGGUGAAGGUAAAUCGCGUGCUCUUAACUCAAUAUUUGUGGAUUAGGUGUUGAUGCAUGUUGAUUAAGUCAGUUCUAGGGUUCUAUCGUGUGGUAAAAAUCUAUUUUAGGUUUCAAAUCGAAUUGGGAAUUUUUUUCGAUUUACGGUUUUCGUCUAGGUUUGUUAUUUUCUGCAUCUCGAAUCGGUUCUUUGUUGUUUGAGAGUUCUAUCGUAUGGUUUUAAUAGAUAUAGGGUUUGAAAUUGAGUUGGGAUUGACUUCUGGAUUGAUUUACGUUCCGUGAAGAGUUAUAAAUAAUUUUACGGUUCGAGAUUGAUUUGUAAAUCGAUUACGGGUUCGGGAUAGUCGAAACCAUUUGUGUUAAGCUAUCCUUAUAGCUAAUUAUGAAUCUGAUAACAUGAUUUUCCUUGCAGGUUUUGAAAUGGAGGAAGAACUUCGAGAUAAGAAAGCACAGAAAGAGUACUACAACAUGAUCGAUUUUGUUGCAAAUGCGCAACAGGGGAUUCCCAAAAUUUGCCCCUGUGGAUCAAUCACGAAAGAAACCGUUGAUGAAGAUGAUACGUACGACUACCUCCCGGGAAAAAGAUACUUUAUCUGCAAAGACUUUGAGAAUGAUGGGCUGCAUUUCAGGCAACCAUGGGUUACGGCUAUUCAUGAAGAAGUUGAGAGGCUCAAAGAACGGUAUCACGAGCAGGCGAAGCUUCUGAGAGAGUGCCAGGCACUUAAGGUGAGUGAUGAGUGAUCUGUUAUGUCUUUAGGACUUUACUUAUAGGACUAUAGUUCUGUAAUAACUGUAUGAUGUAUGUUCAGGACCAGGUGAGAAUGCUGCAGGACGAGGUGAGAAUGCUGCUUAUGCGUGUGGCUGAACUCGAGAGAGCCCUCUGAGGUUAGUGGAUUAAAUUAUCCUUCAUCUCUGCCUCGUGUGAAAUUAGUAGGAGUUUGCAUUGUAACAUGAAGUGUACGGCAGCUAUUCGUAUGCUUGCUUAUGGCUGCGCGGCGGACGCCACAGACGAAUAUCUCCGACUUGGUGAAAGCACAGCACUUUCGUGUUUAACUAAUUUUACAGAAAGCGUAAUACAAUUAUUUGGAGAAGAAUAUCUACGCAGACCCACUACAGAAGAUCUUCAACGACUACUCGACAUUGGAGAAAUACGUGGCUUUCCUGGAAUGGUUGGAAGCAUCGAUUGUAUGCAUUGGGAGUGGAAAAAUUGCCCAACUGCUUGGAAAGGACAGUACACACGUGGAUCAGGAAAGCCGACAAUUGUCUUGGAGGCUGUCGCUUCACAAGAUCUUUGGAUAUGGCAUGCUUUUUUUGGUCCACCAGGUACCUUAAACGAUAUUAACGUCCUCGAUCGGUCACCUAUUUUUGAUGACAUUUUACAAGGUCGAGCUCCAAGGGUACAAUACGUGGUCAACGGACACCAAUAUGAUAUGGCGUACUACCUCACUGACGGUAUAUAUCCAAAAUGGUCAACAUUUAUCCAAUCUAUCUCACUUCCUCAAGGUCCUAAAGCAGAGUUAUUUGCUAAAGUUCAAGAAUCAACCCGAAAAGAUGUGGAGCGGGCUUUUGGAGUAUUGCAAUCUCGAUUUGCAAUAGUGAAAAACCCGGCUAUUUUGUGGGACAAGAAACAGAUAGGGAUGGUUAUGCGAACAUGUAUCAUACUUCACAAUAUGAUAGUAGAAAAUGAACGCAAUGGAUACACUCAGUAUGAUACAUCUGAAUUUGAAGAAGGAACCUCGACCAGAAGUUCGAAUGUGGAUGCACCCAAUACUUCCGAGAUGCCUCCAAGUCUCGCUAAUAUGCUUCUUAUACGGACUCAUCUUCGUGAUAGGCAGUUACAUGAACGAUUGAAAAAUGAUUUGGUAGAAAAUAUUUGGAACAAGUUUGGUAAUGAUGAAGAUGAAUAAUUAUUGUAUGUUUGCAUUUAAUCAUUCAAUAAAUGAAUUUUCAAUUUUAAUGUUUUGCAACUUUCAUAAUUUUUAAUUUCUUAAAAAAAAAAAAAUUCUAAGGACUUCAUAGUAGUAACACCAUUGGACAUAUAAUUAGGAUCAAAGUCCUUAACUAUUCAGAAGAAAAAAAAAAUUAUUAAAAUAUGGCUAAGGACUCCAAUGGUGGGUAACACCAUUGGAGAUGCUCUUAUGAAGAUUUUCAUGACGUGGAACAUUAUUAAAUGACUAACUGGAAAGGACAUCGCAAUCCGAUAACUAAGUAUGACAAACAUUCUAUCGGUCGUUAAUAUAUGUUUUUUCAUGUAACCAUCGUUUAAGCCGUCCAAGUUAUACCAUUUUUUUCAACUGAUUUAUGACAUUUUUUUUUGUUUUUAGUACGUUGAAUUGUUUAUAUGGCCAGAGUAGAUUCCGUAUGCAAGAAAAUACUUCAAGAGUAGUUGUUGCGCAGACAACAAGAAGCUGAAGAGAGCUUAUAUUUAGUUGUCCACUUUAUCCUCACGAUUAAAUGCAGCGGCUAGUUGUUGGCGUUUCUCACACACAAAAAAAAAAAAAGAAGUAUAUAUAUAUAUAUAUAUUGUGUGCACUGGUGUAUUAAUGAAGAUCGUGCCCGUCAAGAGGGAGCGACGCUGUUGGAACUCUCUUUUUGACAAAAAUAUAAAAUUUGACUUUUUUUUUUUUUACUUUUUCAGUGGCUAUUCUGGUCAAACUGGUGGUCGUUAUAGCAAGGAUUAAUCGUUCGUUAGAAAACUUGCAAUGACAAAUGAAACAAUGAAGUGGACAAGUUGAAAAGAUUUUAAGACAAAGACAAGUCAUUUCUCUUUGGCUCACAUAGGGUGGAACAACAAAACUUGAGUUGCAUAAAUAUGUUCACCCGCGUAACAUUGGUCCAAGGCUUCAAGGAGAGAGAGCUUGCAUGUGUCGCCGCCACCGUCUGACCGGCUCGCGUGGGUGUGGGCUUUGGUGAAAGGUCGAAGGCUCAUUAAGAUCAUUUUAUGGCCAAAUUAAUUUCAGUUUUUGGCAUAUUUCAGAACUAAAAACAGCAUCAUAUUUAAACGAUGCGUAGUUCCUCUUAAAAUAACACGAAGUCUAUCUCUCGUCAAGAUAUUUAAACGGGAAACGAGAGUGAGAGAAACUUGAUGAAAA